ACCGUAUUUUAAUACGUAACGAUAAGCCUGCAUGGAAGAACUGUCAACAUGAAGAAGAAACGCUCAGCUCCACGUCCAGCAAAGCCAGGAAUCAAGUGCCAGCUUCUCAUGGACUCUUAUGGUUCCAUCCCAGAGGAUCAAAACCUUAAGAUUGGCCAUGUUCUACACCUUCACAUGGACAAUUGUAGAUCGGUUGCAGCCACGAUUCGUUCUCUUCGUGAAAUUCUUCCUGCUACAGCUGUUAUUACAACUUCUAUGUUGAAUCAUAUCAUUAACAAAAGUGACCGAUUUAAGAACUUGACAAGAGAAAAUGAUAGGAAGAAUUUUCUGGAUAUGUGUGCAGAGCCAUUUUCAUUCAAGUUUAUCCAUGAGGAGAUUGCAGUUCUGAGGAGUUCCAACAUGGAAGUCGAUCCUGCACAAGAUGUUGUGGGAACAAAGAGAGAUUUUGGAUCUUUCCAUUCUUCCAACGUGCAAGAACUUGUUGAAGCACCAGAGGAGUCUUACGUCCCACCUGAUUUCCCGUUUGGUGUCCCAGAUUUUGCCAACUGCAGAGGCUUGAAGUUCGGCGAAGAGACAAGGAGAAAGCACUUUCUGCUUGAGGACUGUACGUUCCUGAAUCACGGGGCUUUCGGAGCAGUCCUCAAGGACGCCUUAAAGGUUGCCCAGCAGUGGCAGCGCUACAUAGAAAAACAACCACUGAGAUUCUUUGAUAGAGAGGUCCUUCCGCAUAUGGCUUAUGUGACUAGGAGACUGGCUGAAUUUGUAGGCUGUGAAGCAAUUGGAAUAGUCCUUGUGCCCAAUGUCACCACAGCUAUCAAUGCAGUUGUCAGGAGCAUUCCAUUCAAGAAGGGGGAAAGGAUAUUCUGCCUCAACAUCACAUAUGGUGCAGUAAAGAAGCUACUGAAGCACACAGCUGAGUCACUGGAUCUUGAAUAUCAAGAAGAGAAUCUCAAUUUACCCCUCACAUCAAAUCAAGAGAUUCUGGACUUGGUUUCUUCAAAAUUAAGUUCAAACACACGGCUAGCGGUAUUCGAUCACAUUCCAAGCAAUGCAGCUUUUAUCAUGCCAGUCAAGGAGCUCAUUAGCAUCUGCCGUGAAAGGGGUGUUCCUGUACUGAUAGAUGGGGCCCAUGCUCUUGGUGCCUUGCCACUUGAUAUGAAAGACUUGAGCCCAGACUACUACACAGCCAACGCCCACAAAUGGUUAUGUAACCCCAAAGGAUGUGCCUUUCUCUAUGUCCGAGAGGAGCUUCGCAGCCAAACAAGACCUCUGGUUGUAUCACAUGGAUUUGGUAGUGGGUUCAACUCAGAGUUUAUCUGGUCAGGAUUACGAGAUUACAGUCCCUUCCUGGCCUUGCACACGGUGCUAGAUUUUUGGAAUGCCGUGGGUGUGAAGACAAUACGACAAGGCAUGCAUGGAUUACUCUCGCAAGCCGUUGAUUUACUCACCAAAUCAUGGAAUACUGGAUUACUAGCCCCCAUUGAAAUGUGUGGUUCGAUGGCUCUAGUAGAGUUACCCCAUGAAAUUAGUGACAAUCAGACAGUAGAGUACUCUUUAGCUGAAGGCAUUCAGAAUGAGUUGUAUCACCAAUUUAAUAUUGAGGUUCCAAUCAAAGCCCUCCAGGGUCGGCUAUACGUCAGGAUCUCCGCCCACAUCUACAACAAGCUUUCAGAGUACCAAAGACUCGCUUCCGCGGUCCUAUACAUAGCCAAGUCCAGCAGGGGAGGUGAUCAAGCAAGAGACGCGAAAGUAAGAAAACUGAAUGAUCCUAGGUGAUGUAGCCUUUGAGGUUUGCUGAAGUCUUUAUUUCCUUGAAGCCUAUGUGCCUUUCUGAGUACUGCUUUUGUGGGAUCUACUGAAAUUUAAUCAAGAUACAAACAACAAAAUUUGUUGCAGCUCCACAACCAAAUCAGGGAAUACUAUUCGUGGUGAAACAUCACUAUUUGCUGCAUUUUUUGUAAAGCAAGUUCUUAUGUAUAGGAUUGUAUACAACUUUGUUGAAAUUUCUUCUUUAACAACCAAAACUACAAAUCGAAUGCAAGAAGUGAUGACUCCCCGCAGAUACAAUGUAUAAUCUCAAGUAAGGUGAUGGGUUGCACCAAAUGAGUGACAGCUAGCACCCCAAUUGUUUGGUGCUAAUGUUUGGAUAGACACCACCAGGUAAGACCUGCACAAUUAGAAUCGUUGAAGGUGUUCUUGAGCACCCUGAUUUAUGCCCAACACCAAUACUGAAUGCCCAACCCUCUACUUGAAAAUGCCCACGUGUACUAAAAUUACAAUUUGUCGUUGUAGUUUCCAAUGGCAAAAUUGUAAACAUUGUGAAAAAUUUGAAGGAAAAAACAUUGUAAAAAAUUGGAAGGAAAAGAAAUCCUGCGUCAAUCAAGACAUGAAUAUGGAUAGUGAAAACUUCCUGUUGUACUCAUAUUUUGGUGCUGAUUGGUUGAAUAUACAGUGUAAGUCAACCUGCCCUAAGAUAUAAAAUUGCCAAAGUUCAAACAAAGGUUGAGAACAGAUUGUCUGAUAAGUUGAAUCUGCGAUUCUGUGGUCCUCAGAAGCUUUAUGGUAAGCAGCCUGAGCUGUCCGCAAAGGGAAAGUCAAAUAAUUAUUUAUUGAAAGAGGAUAUUAUUAUGAUAGCUAGUAAACAUUAUUUUUAAUGCAAAAUCAUGAUCCUGAGGCACUUGCAAAGAACAUUGAUUUCCUAAUCAAUACUGUAAUAAUCAUAGUGUGUGUAUUCAAAUUAAAUUUGAAUAGUUUAAUAAGAAGU